AUGUAUUAUGUUGGAGUUUUUUACAUAAUAAAUUUACACAACAUUUUAAAUACCAUGUACCUAACCGAUUUCUUAAUUUUCAGGUCUAACUACGAAUAUUCAUCCGGUUCGGACUCCCAACUGCCGCUGGCGCCUACGUCUGCGCUAAAAGUGUUGAAAAAGAAGCCUGCGAGCAAGAGGAAGCCGGCGGAGUCGACCCCAACGCCUACUAGUUCUAAAAAGAAGUCGCGUUCGAGCGCCAACGACGAGGCAGGCGCGACCGCAACGUAUUCAUCGAGUACUGGCCCUGGAGGACUCUUCGGGUUUGAGACGGGAGCAACUUCGGGGACGUCGAAGUCUGCAGUGCUGCAGACUUAUUUGACCAGCCGCGUCCCCAACGGUCGAGUGCGCCGGGAGCUCGUCAACCAGUCUGGCGAGUACUAUAUAGAGUUCCGGGUGUAUAACACCGAGAAAGCUGUUGCCUCUAAACCAGAUCAGCGGUGGAAAGAGGCUGAAGUUACUCUUAAAGUAAAGUUAGAUCGGGGGACUCCGCAGUGGGAGAAAAUGCAAUCGUUUAUGCAGCGGAUUCAUAAUUUAUUUGAAGAUUGUGAGCCCGUCUUCAUAAGCGAAUAG